AUGGCACGAAGUGCAAAACAAAAAGCCGCUCGUAACCUAAGACGAGGUUCCAGGCCUGUCUUUCAGUUUACUAAACUGCCUGCAGAAUUGCAAUUACUUGUACUUUGUAGGUGCGACUUGAUUUCGUUUGGGAGACUUCUAAGCGUCAGUUCGUACGUCAGAAGCCUUUGUAUCCAGCAUCCUGAGGUUGUAAUCCAAGGUUCACUCUCAGAAAUCCCUCAGCCUGUUGCCGGCUUGCUACAUGUUGCGACGGCAUUGCACAACAUCAACGACGAUUUUGAUGGUGAGAGACCGCUCGAACUAUUGGAGAAGGUUAACUCGAACGAAUGGCCACUUGUCUAUUCGCGAUUUCUCCACAGUGGAGAUGAUGUCCUGGACUAUAUGCGCGGUCUAGUAGACAUCUACGUCGAAGUAGACGUGGCCGCAGACAUAGUUGCACAAGGUAUGAACGCUGCAAUGCAGAUCUACAUAGACCCACAGGUGGCUGUCACGCCUGUCCUGCUGUCUGUGGCUGAGCAUACACGACUGGUAUGCGCUCUUCUGAUCGUCAAAAUCUACUACCAGCUCAGGUCUAAAUUGGUACCCAAUGGCGGCACGUCGGUGGGCGACUUCGCAACUGCAUUCAUGCAGACUCUAGCGCCGUGGCAGAUCGCCCAAGGCAGCUCGGUUGAAGGGUUUCUAGACUCGUGCCAGAAGUCUCCAGGCGGCCUCUACGACGACAUCAUUGGUAAGCGAUACACAUGUUGCGAAUGUCUUUUGCAAAAGUCAUCGUACUUGCGAACCUACAGCAGAGCUGCUGCCGUGGAUAUGGACAAAGGGUUUGUCUUUGGUCAAGACAAAAGCUUUCCUCGCUACUCUCAUGCAGCGGCAGAGGAACACCGUCGCAUCGGCAGGCGGGAAUCUUUGGCGGGCCGUGUGGGCUACGCACAGCAUCCGGCCAUGCAACUUCGUAAUCACGGUUGGAUGAUGUAUAGUACAAUCAGUCCUUAUGAUAUGAUGCGGCGAGACCUCGUUUGGAGAGUCGGUAUGCUGUUCUGGGAUCAAGACCGACUAGCGAGUUGGGGUAUGGUCGACGCCAGCGAUGUGGUAACCUUGGGCACAGAGACAGCCUGGCGACUGGGAUACAUGCGUCGGCGGGAUCCAUACUCACUACAGCAAGACCGCAUAGAAGAUAUGACCAGUCCCUACCUACAGAUUGCUGAAUUCGCUCGCGCCCACGACAGAGAUAUUUUGGAGAGUUCUGGGCGAGGCAAUGGGGACAACGACAAGGUAGGCUGUCUACUAUGUAGUUAG